GUUGCAGGGUGGCUGCGCGCGCUGGGCGCCUGUCGCUUAGUGCCCUUGCUGCCCCGGGUCACCGGGACCGAGCUGUUGGAGCUGCGACGGAACCCUGGGAUGCAGCGCGCACCGACCUGUGUGGGCCGCCCGCGAGCCGGGGUGCUCAGUUGGCCGGGUGUGACCCGCACGUGGCGCUCCGCCUUCUGACGCCUCGGCUUUGGGGUCCGUCCGGCGAAUGGAUGGGAUCCUAGCUGCUUCCCAGGGCUUUGGAGAGGAUGAAGCGAGGCUAUGCCUGCUGAGCUCUUUGCACGAGGGAGCCCCGGCGGCAGGGCCUGGAAGGCAGGGCGCACCUAUGGUCACCUGUGACUGCGGACAGCAUGAAGCCCCCGGAGGAGCCGGCCAGCGGCAAUGGGAUGCGUCGCUGCCGGGUCAGGGUCAGGGCCAGGGCGUCCUAUGUGGAUGAGUCUCUGUUUGGCAGUCCCGCGGGCACCAAGCUGCCCCCACCAGACUUUGACCCACCCUGGGUGGAGACAGCCCGCCCAGCCAGAGCAGUGGUGGGCUCAGGCACAUCGAGGACCCCAGCAGCCAGGGGGAACUGUGAGACCACAGCGUCUGGGGGCAGCACCUCGACCCUCACACCGAAGAAGAAGAACAGAUACAGACUCAUCAGCCACACUCCAUCUUACUGCGACGAGUCGCUCUUUGGCCCCCGGCCUGAAGGCAGCAGCUGGCAGACCUCAUGGACGACAAAGGGGAGCACAGCCAAGCUCCAUACACUCCUCUGGACGCCACCACCCACCCCCAGGGAGACCCCACUGCGAGCAGUGCAUCCCACUGCUGCUGCUGCCGCCCCGGGGACAGAGCCCAGGGUGCUGGGAGAGCCCAGAAGGCGGUCCCCUGGCCCCGUGGGCUCCCCACGCCUGCAGGGGCGGGCGCGCUCCCCUUCCCUCCCUUGUCUCAGUGGUCCUGACUCCGCUCACCCCACGUCCUGUACCCCCGAUGCGCGUGAGCCUCGGAAUCCCAGGCUGUCCACAUCGGGGGUGACCUUCCGGAGCCCACUCGUGACACCCAGGGCGCUCGCCGUCAGCAUUUCAGUGCCAACGACUCCCCGACCAGGAGGCAUUACCCAGAAACCAAAGCCUCCGUGGAAAUGA